AUGAUGAAAGACUGUAAGGCCGCUCUUACACCUACAGCACAGACAUCCAGAGGUGCUAAUGCUCAGGUAUUUACAGUUGCACAGAGUAAAGCUGAGGCCAACCCAUCUGCAAUUACUGACGGGUUCCCAAAUGAGAAGGGCGCAAGAGCUAGGCUCUUGCUUGAAAGUCCAGAAGGGAACUCGAUUAGAGUCGCACUCAGAUUUAGGUUGGUUGCCUCCAACAACCAGGCAGAGUAUGAGGCAUUGCUCAUAAGAAUCCGCCUCGCCAAGGAAAUGGGGGCAAUGUCCAUCAAGAUCUAUAGCGACUCUCAGCUUGUAGUACAUCAGAUUUUUGGGGAAUAUAAGCGAAUAAGGAUAGGAUGGCAUCCUAUCUCUGACAGGUGA